AUGUCUUUAAAUCUUUAUAAAAUAGAAGAUGAUAAUACUAUUUCUUGUUUACAAGAAAAAUGUACUUAUAAAAAUCGAGAUCCUAAAGAUAAACAUAAAAGUAUUAUGAAUGGUUCAACUUGGUGGAAUGGUUAUGAAGGACAAGAUGUUGUUUUAUUAGAUGAUUUUAAUAAGAAA